AUGGACAGUGCCGGGGCGCCGGAGCGCCAACGGCGUCGGCCCUGGCGCUCGAUCGGAGUGUUCCUGGCGUGCUGCCUCUCACUGCGGUCGCUGUGGGCAAGCGCGGACACAGCCGCUGCUGUAAAUGUGCAGCCAGCGCCCGCGAAACUCGCAUCCAAUUCGAGUGUGGCACCAGAACGCAUUUGGCUGUUGCCGUUGGAGACGGAGCUGUGGGCGAAGCGCAUCCAGCGUCGGCGGUUAAUUCGAAUCUUGAAUCAGCUGACGCAGACCCGCAAGUUCCUCCGCACGGCGAAGGAGCUGGAGCAGCAGGGCCCGGAUGGCUCCCACUUAGUGAACCAUCCCGAGGCCCAGGAAGCGCCUCUCAGGCCGCCCAAGGAGCUUCCACAGCUCUUGGCAGUGGAAGACCGCAUUCGCCGGCUGCGCCACCUCCGCCGCAUUGCUUUGGCACGGAGGGCCGCGGCCCGCAGCGCUGAGAAGUUGGAGCUGCUCCGGGCACCGGUAAAGCACGCCGCCCUCCGAGCUACGCAGUAUGCCGCAGGGGGGCUCCUGGCCCUGCGCUGCGCGAACGAGGUGCUUUGGAGAGUCAGCUGCGAGGUGGAGAGUCCGCGGGUGCGUGGCCGCACGGCCGCGAUCCAGAAGAAGGUGGACUGGAUGGUUAGGAUGCGCGAGAACGCCUCACCCUUGUUUAGCUACCUCCAGCCAUUCCUGGACUACCAGAUGCAGGUCUGGGCCUUGAAGGGGCUGCAGCGGCACAUCUUCUCCUCCAAGGUGAAGGAUGCCCGCAGCGAGAUGCGGGUUCCGGAUGUGGCCCUGGAGGACGUGGCGGGCAUCGGCACAGCCAAGGCCGAGGCCCUGGAGAUCGUGGAAUGCCUGAUGGCACCUGCGAGGUUUGCGAGCCUGGGCGCCAAGUGCCCCAAGGGGUUGCUUCUGACCGGCCCCCCCGGAUGCGGGAAGACGCUAUUGGCUAAAGCCAUAGCCUCCACUGCGGCCGUGCCCUUUUUGUCACGCUCAGGUGCAGACUUCAACGGCCGCUUUGCAGGCACUGGGACGAACCUGGUCAAGGAGCUGUUUGCGAUGGCCCGCCGCAUGUCCCCCGCCGUCAUCCUGAUCGACGAGCUCGACUACAUCGGCCGCCGCCGCGGCGAGGAGCGAGGCGGAGGCUUGGAGACCGAUCGCUCGGCGGCCCUCACACAGCUGCUGUCCGAGAUGGACGGGUUCAACUCGGCGGAGGGCGUGGUGGUCAUCGGCACGACGAACCGGCCGGACAUCCUGGACAAGGCGCUGACCCGUCCCGGCAGGUUCGACCGGAAGGUCACUGUGCCCCUGCCGGACGUCAUGGGUCGUUUCCAGAUCCUGAGGAAGCAUGCCAAGCGGCUGGUGCUCGAGAGGCCUGGGUCGCAGACCCUAACUGGAGCCGACGUGUCAUCGUCCUCCCCCGAUUGGAUGGCCUGGGCCAAGCGCACCUCGGGCUUCUCGGGAGCCGACUUGGCUGGCCUGGUCAACGAGGCGGCCAUGGCCGCAGCCCGCGAAGGUGCAGCCGGCGUAGGGGAGAGACACCUGCAGGUGGCCUACAGCAAGCUGCUCAUCGGCCUCCCCUCCGGGCGGCAUCAGUCCUCCGCGGAGAUGAACCUCACGGCGUUCCACGAGGCGGGCCAUGCCGUGGUCAACGAGGUCAUGCGGGUGUCUCUCGGCGAGCAAGGUGUCCUCGGUUUCAGGACCGUGGCCCACGUGAGCAUCGUCCCCGCAGGCAAGGGAGCUCUUCUGAGUCUACCUCAUUCGCCUUGCCAAAGGGUGCUACUGGGCUGCGGCUACGGAACUUCGGUUACAUAG